AUGACUCUUACGUAUGCCGAUAACAAUCAUUCGGCAGUGGUUAUACACAGUACUGUACAUAAAACGAAACAAAAAAAUAAAUUUCAUAGAGGUGAUAAUGUAAGGGUUAGUUCGAACAAGGCCGUAUUUGAAAAAGGCUAUUUGAGUAAUUGGUCUUAUGAAAUAUUUACAAUAGCAAAGGUAUGCAACACUAUACCAGUAACCUAUUUUCUCAAAGACUUUGAAAAAAAUCCGAUUAGAGGGUGUUUUUAUGAACAAGAAUUACAAAAAACCAAGUAUCCGCAUAAUUAUCUGAUUGAAAAAGUUGUACGACGUAAAGGAGAUAAAGUAUUG